GUGUAGUGCUUUCAUUUUUAUUCAUGAACUCGUGGAGAUGGAACGUAUUUUACGUGUCUGUUGACCAAAAUUCCUAGUUACAAUCUCUGAUGAAACAGCUGUUUGGAAUCUGGAAGUGAGUUGUAACUGACAACUGCGAGUUGAAGAUGCUGGCCCCGGAGGUAGGUUCGACAAAUUCUGAUGCAGUGCAUAUACGUAUGGGAUCGGAGAAGGCCCCGCUGAUAUCCGGCCGUUCACUAUUCCGUCGUCUGGGAUCAUUCCUCGGCAUGUACAAGAGCCCCUCUGCAAUGUCAGACGGGUAUGUGGAGUUCAGUAACCUGGAGGCUCGCAAUGGACGCACUCUGGGUACGUUUGCCGGUGUUUUUAGCCCAGUAACCCUCUCCAUGUUCUCGGCCCUUGUAUUUAUUCGCAUGGGGUAUAUCGUUGGUAACGCUGGACUGCUCAUCACCCUGGGACAAUUCUUCAUUGCUUACGGAAUUCUGCUGUUCACUGUUGCCUCGAUCUGUGCGAUAUCCACCAAUGGAGCGGUCGAGGGCGGUGGUGCUUACUUCAUGAUCAGCAGAACCCUAGGGCCGGAAUUCGGUGGAUCCAUUGGGACGAUAUUCUUCCUGGCCAAUGUCGUCUCCUCUGCACUGUGCAUAUCAGGUUGUGCUGAGGGAAUUGUGGAAAAUUUCGGACCGAACGGCUACAUAACGGGCUCGGCAUCCCUGUUUCCAGAUGGUCGCUGGUGGAGGUUUCUCUAUUGCACCCUCCUCAAUACGGCGAACCUGGUAGUCUGUCUCAUUGGUGCUGCCAUGUUCGCCAAAACUAGCGUCGCUAUCCUGGCGAUUGUCUGCAUAUGUUUGCUGAGUGUUAUUAUUAGUUUCUUAGUGCAAGAGCCGAUGGAUGUAGCGAUCCCUGAUGCCAAUACCAUUGUGAAGAACAUCACUGAUCAUCUGAAUGCUUCGUACACAGGUCUGCGAUCGGAAACCCUUAUGAGCAACCUAUACUCCAAUUACUCCCCGGAUUACUCCAGUCCAGGUACAAUAUCUUCCUUCGCCUCGGUAUUUGGUGUUCUCUUCUCGGGUGUGACUGGCAUAAUGGCGGGUGCCAACAUGUCCGGAGAGCUUCAAAAUCCCGCGCGCAACAUUCCCCGUGGCACCCUCUCAGCUGUGCUCUUCACUUUCAUCUGCUACAUCCUCCUCUCGAUCCUCACUGCUGCGACUUCCAGCCGCUUUCUCCUUCAAAACAACUUCAUCUAUAUGCUGCCAACCAACAUAUGGCCGCCAUUCGUCGCGGUGGGCAUCCUCACCGCUACCUUCUCUGCAGGUCUCUCGAAUCUCAUCGGGUCAAGCCGUGUCCUGGAGGCCCUUGCCAAGGACAACGUCUUCGGCUCAGGCUUGAACUUCGUAACGCACGGCACCUGGCGGGGUAAUCCCAUUGUCGCAGUGCUCACCUCAUGGAGUCUCGUUCAGAUAAUUCUCCUCGUGGGUUCUCUCAAUACAAUUGCGCAGAUAAACUCAGUGCUCUUUCUCCUGAGUUACCUUGCGACGAAUCUCUCCUGUCUCGGUCUCGAGCUGGCGUCAGCCCCAAAUUUCCGUCCGACCUUCAACUACUUCACGUGGCACACAGCGACAGUCGGCCUCCUGGGGACCCUCAUAAUGAUGUUCGUAAUCAACAGCAUCUAUGCCUCCAUUAGUAUUAUAAUCUGCCUAAUCCUUAUAAUCGUGCUGCACCUCUUCAGUCCAAGCAAGAAUGCUGCGUGGGGCAGCAUCUCGCAGGCCCUCAUCUUCCACCAGGUGCGUAAGUAUCUACUAAUGCUGGACUCCCGGAAAGAUCAUGUCAAGUUUUGGAGGCCUCAGAUGCUGCUGAUGGUCGCCUCCCCUAGGUCCUCUUGCCCGCUGAUAGACUUCGUUAAUGAUCUCAAGAAGGGCGGUCUCUACGUCAUCGGACACGUGAAGACAGGUGACUUUAGUGGUCAGAACGUCGAUCCCACGAUCGAGGAGUACCCCAAGUGGCUGUCACUGGUGGAUCAUCUCAAAGUCAAGGCCUUCGUGGAGUUGACUAUCACGAAGACAGUGCGGGAAGGCCUUCAGCAUCUCAUCAGGAUAUCUGGAAUGGGGGCCAUGAAGCCGAAUACCAUUGUUCUGGGUUUCUAUGACGAAGAGACCCCCAGGGAUUUCUUCAGGGAAUCUAAGUACGCGACUGAUGUGUUCGAUCAACACACUCAGAGCUGCUUUCCCAUCAGAUCUGUUGACGAACCGAGGCCUCUGGAUGGCGUACACUACGUGGGCAUGUGCAAUGACGUCCUGAGAAUGAAGAAGAAUCUUUGUUUGUGCAGAAAUUUCCACCUCCUCGAUAAAAAUCAGAUGGGGAAGGGCAGGAGUUUCGAGUUCAUCGACGUUUGGCCGGUGAAUUUUUUCAAUCCAACUGAUCAGGAUCCGUUCGACACCACCAGUCUCUUCAUGAUGCAGUUGGCGUGCAUUAUCAAUAUGGUGCCCUCGUGGAAGGCCCUGACUCUCAGGGUUUUUUAUGUCGAAGCUGACGAGGGGAGUCUCAGUAUUUCAGACACAGGAAGUGCUAGUGAUUACGUCGGCGUCUCCACGGAGAUCAGAAUCAGAAAGUUGCUGGAUAUGUUGAGGAUAUCGGCGCAGAUACAGAAGAUACCAGGUUGGACUAGCAGGAGGGGCGCCAGGGAGGAGCUCAUUGAAAGGGGUCUCGAGGGAGAGGGAUCUAGGGGAGCUAGCAAUGUCGCAAGGAGUUAUAUAUUGGAGGCCAAUCGUGUGGUGAGGGGUCAGAGUGGAGCUAGUGCUGCAGUUUUUAUGUAUCUACCGGCUCCACCGAAUGCCAGUUCGUGGGAGGAAGGAACAGUUUACCAACAGUAUUUGCAAUUGCUUACUGAGCUAACAGUAGAUCUGCCGCCAACGGUCCUGGUGCAUGGUAUCAGCGCUGUUACUUCAACUACUCUUUAACGAACGGGUAGGGCGGGGACGGGUGAGAAUACGUGGCUGUUCAACUAGAUGACAUUUCAAGUGAUUUUAUUUUCAUCCACUAGAUUUUUUCCCACUUUUUUUUUCACUAGAAAUUGACAAAUUUCGGCUCUUGAAAACCCAGUGAUUUUGUAGAACGUUGAAUUGUCAACUAGUUGAAAAAAUGUGGUACCAUCGAUGAUACCUCUUCGUGGUGUUCAUUAUUGAUAGGGAAGUUUGCAUUGGAUCUUCGAGUGUGAAAAAUUGGGAGUAUUCGUAAAGCUGAUAUUGAUGACACUAGGCAUCAGUAAUCUCCCUGAAUGAUUUCGAAUCGUACCACACUUGAACUCGACAUGGAAAUUAUUCCGACAAUAAAGUGAUAAUACAGUGUGAUUAUGAGAGUUACACUAUGGUAAACUCCUACUAGUAAUUCGGUAGUGAAGUGAUGAAAUGAAAACGGAGAGGCCUUUUUCAAUUUAAUGACUGAUGAACCUGCGUUAACAUUCUCACUCAUUCCUACAUACUGAGGGCGAACAGCCUGAGGUAGUUUUGACACUAGAUCAAUUUUACCCACUACUUUUAUAAUCAUGUAUUAAUUUUUAACGAGGCUUUGAACUCAUGGGAAGGGAUUGUACAUAUAUAAGAACAAAUUUUUCAAUUCAAUAAAUAAUUUUAUGUAUCUGGUA